UUACACCACGUGAAGUCACGGAAGAACUCCUACAUAAAAACGAUUCUCACGUUGUGAAGGCCAGUUUACGUCCUUCCUCGCACACCGCUGGCGCUACAGGACAGACACCGACAUCUGGUUUUGCAGUACCUGGAGCUGAUCACCAGGCUAGAAAUUUAAUGGGUGAGGCGGCACUGCACAUUGAUUCUCGCUCUCAGUUCCUGGAAACUUUUAAGUUUCUGCAUCAGUCAAGUAUUCCAACUGACUCUCAAGACCUCCAAGGAAAAACUGUUCUUCAUCAUGCUGCUGAACGUGGGGAUGCUGAAAUGGUGAAAUAUCUACUAGAUCAGAAAUGUCUCCCUGUUGACUGUAGAGACAAGUAUGGUCAAACUCCAUUAAUGUUAACAGCAGAAUUUCCAAGAAGUGAGCAAGAUCCUGUGAAACAUGGGGAAUGGAUUGACCACACAGAUUAUGUCAGUAAGGCUCUCAAGCUUAUUGUAGGUGCUGGAGCAGACCCUACAGCAAAAGAUGUUGUUGGUAGAACAGCACUCCACAGAGCACUUGGAUGUAAGGAGAAUUUCCAGUACCUUCAGAAAAUACAUCCCAAUUUCAAGGAUGGUCUUGAUAGAAAGGGGCAACCAGCCAUAAUGAGAGCCAUUUCUGCAUUUCAACACCACUAUGAUAUGCCCCAGGUGAUAAAACUUCUAGUGCAGGGAGGUGCAGAUGUCAAUUUACGUGACCGAGAUGGAAAGACGGCUUUGUGCCUGGCAAUAGAGAAAGGUGCUUUCUGGGCAUUGAAGGAACUAAUAGAGGGUGGAGUCACUUUAUCAUCUUGCAGAAAGGAUGAGCUUACAGAUAUUCUCCAUAUGGCUGUGUGGCACCAUCAAGAUGAGUUAGUCACAAGAUUGAUUGCUGCUGGAGCAGGUGUCAAUAGCAAAGAAAGAGGUAAAGCUGAGAAGUCAACAUUACAAGGGCACACAGCUCGAUGUUUGGAAACCAGUAUAUUGUCAUAUAGAGGAGAAGGUUGGAUUGAUACAGAAUUUGCUGGCAAUUCUCCACUGUUCAAAUCUCUUGAGUCAGAGAAGAUAGUCACUCAUUUGAUUGCUGCUGGUGCAGAUGUGAAUUUCAAGGAUGACAACGGCUGUACACCACUGCUUGCAGCUAUUCAUAAGGAGCAUUUGAAGGCACUGGACCUUUUGCUGAAGGCUGGUGCUGAUCGAAAUGCAGUGGAUAACUGUGGUGUGACAGCUCUUCACUUGGCUGCCAGCUGUCGAAAGGUACCACCUCAAGUCAUAGCAUUUGCUAAAGAACAGAUUGAACAGGGUAUGAGACUAGACAUCAUGGAUCAUCAGGGCAGGACACCUCUUCAUUAUGCUGCACUGACUGGAAAUCGCGGAGUUAUGAAACUCCUCAUCAGUUUGGGAGCCAAUGUAAAUGCUGUAGAUGUCUCUGGUAAGACUCCCAUUGCCAUGCCAGCCAUACAUUCACUUAAGGUGAAACAGCUACUGAUUAAUGCUGGAGCUGACUUAACAUUAAGAGAUAAACAUGGCAAGACAGCCUUACAUACAUCAUUUGAGAUUGAUAAUAUUGAAAUCACUAAGUUUCUCAUGAAGAAGCAUCAACAAGAGAUUGGUUGUGAUAAUAAUGGUAAUAAUAUCCUGCAUUGUGCAAUCAGAGCUCGAAGAGAUGUUCUUGACAAAGUGAUGUACAUACUGAAUAAAAAACUUAUUACAAUUGAAGAAAAGAAUGAAAAUGGAGAGACAGCUCUAAUGUGUGCUGUACAGUUGCCUUCAUGUCACACAGAAAAGCAGACUCUUGUUCAAAUACUAUUGACAUCAGGUGCUAGCCCCAAUGCUAAAGACUUGCAAGGGAAGACUCCUCUCCAUAUUGCAGCUGCAGAGGGAGAUGCAAAGACGGUGGAUGCUCUGAUUGCUGCUGGAGCAGAUGAAACAGAGAGGGAUUUAAAUGGUCGGAUGCCUCUGCACUGGGCAGCUCAGUCCCACCGUACUGAGGCAGUGAAAUUACUGCUGAAUGAGAGAAAUGAGCAACAUGAAAUGGGGAUCAAUCAACAGGACAAUGGUGGGCAGACCCCAUUGAUGCUUGCAGUCAAAGAAAAACUGUCUGUAAAGUUAUUGCUAAAAGAAGGUGCCAAUGUUAAUAUGCAGGAUCAUGCUGGAAGUACAGCGCUCCAAGCAGCAAUUGAGUGCAAAAAUUUUGAUGCAAUGAAGCUACUGCUGGCUGCAGGAGCAGAUUUCUUACCUGCUCAGAGGGAGUAUCAUGUUAGAGCAAUCCAUUUGGCUGUUGCAGCAGGGGAUACUAAGAUACUGGAGCACCUGAUUUCCAUGGGAAUGGACCUAUUAGACUGUUGGUGGGACCCUGAACACAAGACAACCCUGCUACAUGUUGCAGCUGAAACCAGUGUGGAAAUGUUGAAGCAGGUAUUGAACGUGAGGAAAAGUGUAGACGCCUUUGAUAAUGAAGGGUACUCUGCCUUUCAUCGUGCAGUUCUGUCUGGAAAUUGUGCGGUCAUCAAAUAUUUUUUAGAAGAGAUACAAACUCCUGUGGAUCAAAGAGAUGCAAAAGGGAGGACAUCCUUGAUUCUAGUGGCUGCAAGUGACAAUUGGCACCUAAUGAACUCAUCAGUUCCAGACAUUUUGCUUCAUGCAGGUGCUGAUGCUAGUGCACAAGACAAUGAAAAUAUAACUGCUUAUGAUCUGGCACUUCAAAGCAGGAAUCAAAAAUAUGCAGAUCUUUUAGAAAUGGCACAACACCUUUGUUAAUUUCACUGAACAGUGUAAAGCUGGUGGUGCAUAACUGCAUCUAUGUAAUGUUUGUGUGACUUCUUAACAAGUGGCUAAUGGCUUCAUAUUGACAGGGUACUUAGAGAGUUGUUACAUGGUACAAAGUGCACAUUUCAAGUUUACAGGAUAUCAAAAAUGCAGUCUAUAGUCUAUAAGUGAUAUAAAUUAAUUGUAUUUGAGCCAAAACAAACCAUUGCUCUCCAGAUGCACCUUUGUUCAUUGGACACUACCAGUAAUCCAAAUGAAGCCAAGUUUUUUCUUUUCUAUUAAGACUAAUACAAUGGAUUAAAAUCAUCCAAAAUCACAAACUUGGUAAUUUCUCCAUGCACUUGUACCCAGAGAAUUAACAUAUCAUCAGAUCUAUGCUUGAUUCCUCUGUGUAUGAUUAAAAUAUUUCACUAAGCUGUAACAUUUUAUAAACAAACUCAUCUUUUGGAAGCACUUGUUCAAAAUUCAUAGAAGUCUGAGUAGUCUACAUAUACGUCUCUGUGAUUACUCUGCCAUUCACAAUAAAGUGCCUGGCAGAAGGUUCAGUGAACUACCUUGAAGCUGUCUCUCUACCGUUCCAGUCUCGAACGGAAUGCAGGAAAAAUGAGCACUUACAUUUUUUUUUGUGCAAGCCCUGAUUUCUCUUAUUUUAUUGUGAUAAUCAUUUCUCCUUAUGUAGGUGGGCGCCACCAGAAUGUUUUCACAAUCGGAGCAGAAAACUGGUGAUUGAAAUUUCAUGAGAAGAUCCUGUCGCAAAGAAAAACGCCUUUGUUUUAAUGAUUUUCACUCCAAUUCACAUAUCAUGUCUGUGGCACUAUCUCCUCUACUUCACGAUAAUACAAAACGAGCUGCCCUUCUUUGUACUUUUUCAAUGUCAUCCGUCAGUCCCAUCUGAUGCGGACCCCACACUGCACAGCAAUAGUCCAGAAUAGGGCGGACAAGCAUGGUGUAAACAGUCUCUUUAGUAGACCUGUUGCACCUUCUAAGUGUUCUGCCAGUGAAUCGCAGUCUUUGGUUGGCUCUACCCACAACAUUACCUAUGUGAUCAUUCCAAUUUAGGGUGUUUGUAAUUGUAAUCCCUAAGUAUUUAGUUGAAUUUACAGCAUUCAGAUUUGUGUGGCUUAUCGCAUAAUCGAAAUUUUGCAGAUCUCUUUUAGUACUCAUGUGAAUAACUUCACAUUUUUCUUUAUUCAGGGUCAAUUGCCACUUUUUGCACCAUACAGAUAGUUAGUUAGUUAGUUGGUUGUGUUCCAUUGAUCAGUCCCACGGUAUGGUAGCCGUUAUGAUGUGGAACAUGUCAAGUGCACAACAAAUGCACAUAUGAAACAAAUUUUUUUAAAUAUAUAUGUAUAUAUUACA